UCGAGAGAGAGAGAGGGAGAGGGAGAGAGGGGGAUGGGUGAAGCGUUGUGCCACACACACACAGAAGAUGGGGAAUCUCCCUGGCAAAAAAGAUGAUGAUGAGGAAAUAGAUUAGAAGGCCUCCUUGCAUGUGAAGUUAAGCAUCCUCUCCCCUUCUUGCUUGUUGCAUGCUGUUAAUCGACCUUCCCUUUCCCACUGCUAUAUAUCAGGCAGUGAUCCUCGUAUGCGGUCUCAGGCAGGAGCGAGAUGUUUACGGUGGUAGAGUGCUCGAGCACUUAGUUGGAAUCUAGUGGUAAUGGCCUCCAUGGCCAGGAAGCUCGUAGUGGAGGUGAUGGAAGCUCACGAUCUACUUCCAAAGGAUGGCAUGGGAACGUCGAGCCCGUACGUGGUCGUCGACUUCGACGGGCAGCGGAGGAAGACGCAGACGGUACUGCGCAAUCUCAGCCCCACGUGGAACGAGGCCCUCGAGUUCAAUGUCAUCGGCCCCGUCGACGACGCCGGAGAGCCAGUUGAGGUCGAGGUGUACCACGACCGGAGGGUCGGGCCGAGCCGGAGGAACAAUUUUCUUGGGCGGGUGCGGAUUGACUCGAGGAAGGUGGUGAAGAAGGGGGAGGAGGCCGUCGAGAGCUUCCCGGUGGAGAAGAAGAGCUUCUUCAGCUGGGUCCGGGGCGACAUCUACCUAAAAGUGUAUUACGUUGACGAACCGGUUCCCGAACCGAAACCGCCCGCGCCGCCGAGUGAGGCCGCACCAAAGUCGGACGAGCGACCGCCCCCGGCUGAGGCUGUUAACAUGGAUGCCGGAAAGACGGAAGCACCGGUGACGGUGCAGCCGACGGAGGCUGCUGAGCAAGCUCCCGAUACAGCCGCGCCGGAAUCAGAAAAGUCGCCGCCGCCGCCGCCACCACCAGAGGAGCCACCGGUAGGUGCAGCAGAUACCGAGAAGCCAAAGGAAUCCGACGCUCCACCUCCAGUGACGGAGAAUGGCGGCACGGGGAAUCCAGCGGAGACGGCCGAAGCGAAUCCAUCACCUCUGCCGGAGCCUAGCACGGAAGCUCCGCCUCCGCCACCGGAACCGGAGAAGGAGUCCACCCCGAACUGGGUCCCCCAGCCCCGACAAAUGGCGCCGCCGGCGCGAACCCCGGAGGCCAUGGAGCGCAGUAAGUACGACCUCGUGGACAAGAUGCAGUAUCUGUUCGUCCGCGUCGUCCGGGCCCGGAAGCUUCCCGGCAACGCGAAACCUCACGUCCGGGUGGCCGCCUACGGUCGCCACGUCAGCACAAGAACCGCUCGGCGAUCGGUCUUCUUCGAGUGGAACCAGACAUUCGCCUUCGUGCGCGACGCCUCCGCCGCCGCGGCUGACCCAUCCGCCCUCGAAAUCUCCGUGUGGGAUCUCCCCCCGUUCUCCGAUCUCAACGACGAGGAGGAGGAGCACUUCCUGGGCGGAGUGCGAUUUGACGUCGCAGAGGUCCCACUGCGGGAUCCUCCCGACAGCCCGCUGGCCCCGCAGUGGUACCGCCUCGAGGGCGGCCGCGGCCGCGGCGGCGACCUAAUGCUCGCCUCAUGGGUCGGCACACAGGCGGACGAUUCCUUCCCCCACGCGUGGAAGGCCGACGCCCCGACGAGCCACGCCGGCUCCCACUCCAAGGUCUACGUCUCCCCCAAACUCUGGUACAUCCGUGCCACCGUCAUCGAGGCCCAGGACACUGUGACGUCGUCCAUCAAGGAACACGCCGUCUACGUCAGGGCAGCGCUUGGGUUCCAGGUGUUGAAGACGCGAAACGCCGUUAGCCGUAAUGGCGCGCCGCCGUCGUGGAAUGAGGAUCUCCUCUUCGUGGAGGCCGAGCCCUUCGGUGAGGAUCAGAAGCUGGUCAUUUCCCUCGAGCUCCGCCACGGGAAGGACGCCAUCGUGCUCGGGUCCGGUUCCAUCCUGCUCUCCACCAUCGAGCGCCGCGUGGACGACCGCAAGGUCGCCUCUAGGUGGCUCGACCUGCUGCCCACUUCCGAAGAAGCGCAGGCGAAGAAGGGGCGGAGGCCCGUCCACGGGGGCCGGUUGCACGUGCGGGUGUGCUUCGACGGUGGAUACCACGUGUCCGACGAGCCGCAGCACGCCGAGAGCGACUACCGGCCGUCGGCGCGGCAGCUGUGGCGAUCACCGGUGGGCGUCGUCGAGGUCGGGAUCAUCGGGUGCAGGGGCCUACUCCCCGUGCGGACUGUCGACGGAAAGGGGACUACCGAUGCGUACGCAGUCGCCAAGUACGGGCCCAAGUGGGCGCGGACCCGCACCGCUGCGAACAGCUUCGACCCGGCCUGGAACGAGCAGUACACGUGGCCCGUCUAUGAUCCAUGCACCGUCCUCACUGUGGCCGUUUUCGACCAAUCGGACGAUGGAAAGGACGCCACGUCGCGCCCGAUGGGGAAGGUGCGGAUCCGGCUCUCCACGCUGGAGACGAAUCGGAUCUACCGCGGAUCCUAUCCGCUAGUGAUGCUGCUGCCCUCCGGGGUGAAGCGGAUGGGGGAGAUCGAGCUCGCCGUGCGCUUCUCCCGCGCCGGGUCCGCUCUGGACCUUCUCCACGUGUACGGCCAGCCGAUGCUGCCGGCGAUGCACCACCUUCGACCGAUCCCGGCGGCGCAACGGGAGCCGCUCCGCCUCGCGGCAGCGCGGAUCGUGGCGGCGCACCUGGGGAGGUCGGAGCCGUCGCUGCAGCGGGAGGUGGCGCUCUGGGUGCUGGAUCCGGCGGCGGAACCGCGCGGGUACAGCAUGCGGCGGGUCCGCGCCAACUGGUACCGGAUCGUGGCGGCGCUCUCGUGGGUGGCCGACGUGGCCAGGUGGGUCGAGGACACGAGGGCGUGGCGGAACGCAACGACCACCCUGCUGGUCCACGGGGUGCUGGUGCUGCUGGUGUGGUUCCCGGAACUGGCGGCGCCGACGGUGGCGGUCCACGUGGCGGUGGUCGGGGCGUGGAGGUACCGGCGGCGGGCGCGGGGUCCGGUGCCGCACCCGUGCCUGAGGGCGUCGCAGGCGGAGGCGGUGGAGCGGGAAGAGCUGGACGAGGAGUUCGACCCGGUGCCGAGCGCGCGGGGGCCGGAGGUGGUGCGGGCGCGGUACGACCGGAUGCGAGGGGUGGCAGCGAGGUUCCAGGCGAUGCUGGGGGACGUGGCGGCGCAGGUGGAGCGGGUGCAGGCGCUGGUGACGUGGAGGGACCCGCGGGCGACAGGAAUGUUCGUGGCUCUGUGCUUCUUGUUGGCGGUGGCACUGUACGUCGUGCCGGCGAGGAUGGCGGUGGUGGCGGCGGGGUUCUACUACCUGCGGCAUCCCAUGUUCCGGGACCGCCUGCCGCCAGCGGCCGUCAACUUCUACCGCCGCCUGCCGUCGCUGGCUGACAGGAUCAUAUGAGAGAGGCUGUCGAUGGGAGGCUGGGCCGAAGCAUUGCAGCAGCAGCAGCACAUCCAGGUUCUUGGGUGGGCUUAGCUUGUGCUGCCAUCCUGGUCUGGCUUCUACUGCGUCCUUGCUUUUCCAGUUAGUACGAAAAGGAGAUGUUGUGAAUGAUCUCAAAGUAGACUUUUCCAAAUGCAAUGGAGCCAUUGAAGACAUGAUUGCUAGUAUCGCUGUCUCCAAAAUAUAUUGGCGCAUCAUUCAACAUUUCUUGCUGAUCUUAUUUAACUCAUGUAUAUUGGUGUCUUUAAGAUAUUAUCUCCUCAACUCGAUGAACUAUAAGAUUUCCUCGAGGAAAUCUCUCUACUCUAUUAAAAU